AUGCCCACCAGCGCCGGAAAGAGAUUUAAACCCACCAAAUACAUCCCGGUGUCUACAGCUGCCACUCUCCUCGUGGGAUCGACCACUUUAUUUUUCGUUUUCACGUGCCCCUGGUUGACCAAGGUGAUCUCCCCUAUCGUGCCUCUCUACAAUGGCCUCAUCUUCCUCUUUGUCUUGGCCAACUUCAGCAUGGCAACAUUCAUGGAUCCCGGUGUCUACCCCAGAGCGGACGAGGAUGAAGACAAAGACGAUGACUUCCGAGCGCCUCUCUACAAGAACGUGGAGAUCAAAGGCAUUCAGGUCCGGAUGAAGUGGUGUGCCACCUGUCACUUCUACAGGCCGCCUCGCUGCUCACACUGCAGUGUCUGUGACAAUUGUGUGGAGGACUUUGACCAUCACUGCCCUUGGGUCAACAACUGCAUCGGACGGAGAAAUUACCGUUACUUCUUCCUCUUCCUGCUCUCUUUAAGCGUCCAUAUGGUGGGAGUUUUCACCUUCGGCCUCAUCUUUGUGCUCCACCAUAGAGAGAGACUGGGAGCGCUGCACACAACCGUCACAUUGGUGGUGAUGUGUAUUGCGGGACUUUUCUUUAUUCCUGUCAUGGGUCUCACAGGUUUCCACAUGGUGCUUGUGGCUCGAGGUCGAACUACAAAUGAACAAGUAACAGGCAAGUUUCGUGGAGGAGUGAAUCCCUUUACUAAAGGUUGUGGCGGCAACGUGGAGUAUGUCUUAUGUAGUCCUUUGGGGCCAAGGUACAUAUUGGACCUGCGGAAGAAGCCCCAAAUCAAAAUAAAACCUCCAUUCAUCAGACCAGACGUCUCAGAAAAGCAAAUCACCAUCAAAGUCAAUGACAAUGGCAUCCAUAGCACCAUUAUAAGCUCCAAGUCCAAAAGCAGCCUCGAUGGCCUGGAUGACAAAGAAACGCAGCCCCCGUUGCCACCGAAAGCUGACAGGUACAACCAGCUGAAAACCCAUCUGACCUCCAGUGAGGAAAGCUCUCUGUCUGGUAAGACCCACCCUUCCACUCCGGCCAUGUACAAAUUCAGACCAUCCUUUGGCACCAUGCCAAAAGUUCACUAUCAUACUGCAGGGGACAAGAUUGUCAUGCCCGAUGACCAAAAUUCCUCUCCCAUCUUGGAAGAGGGUGUUCGUGGCCAUGACUACCGUUCCGAGCCAAAUUUAGAUCUGCCAGAAUACACUAAUGCUCCUAUUCACCGCACUUUUAAGUCUUCCCCAUUCCAUCUUGACUCUGACCCGGUAAACUCUCGGACCCUCAGCCUAAAGCAGGCUCACCAACGACCAGAAAAAGGGCAGCUUGUGGGUCUGCAGCCCCAGACGGUCACCUCUACCCCGUAUAAGAAUGUCUUCUCUCCCAGCACGCUCUCCAACCGUAAUGGAAGUCUAUCUUAUGACAGCCUGCUAAACCCCAGUGGCACCCCACCAACUGCCAGUGAGUGCUUAGCCCACCGUGGUAUGCCUCCAAUGGGGUUCCACUCGCCGUACCUGCCCACCAAAAUGUGCCACGUGCGGGAACCUGAUAUGCAGAGACAACAGGUUGCCGCCACCUACAGUCCAGUGAUGUCAUCUCGAGGGGUGGGCCGUCAAUCCCCUCACCUACGGGACAGGGACCCAUCUCCAGUGCGCUACGACAACCUAUCUCAAACAAUCAUGGCCUCCAUCCAAGAGCGCAAGGAAAUGGAGGCGAGAGAAAAAAGACACAUGCUGCAUGGGCAUUCCCAGACGCAUAUCUAUGCCCAGGACUCAGGUGUGUUUGAAGGCUCGGGGGGAUACGGCCUCCCGCCCAACCUCUGCUAUCCAGAUGGGCCUCGCUGUGCCGGUUCAAGAGGCCCGACACCUCCGGCUUACGGAGGCUCUAGGGACAACCUGAUGGGGGUCGGGCUGACGUACGGGCAGAGAACCCCUGUACUGUGCCAGUCCGGCUCCACUCUGGGUCGAGCACCCAGGACUUCAUCCAGCUCUUUACACACAGAUCACGUUAGCAACAACAACCACCACGGAAGGGUCUCGGGCACUGAAGGCCUAUAUCGCUCCCCUGCCCAUCACCCCCACUCCCCUGCAUUGCCCCGAUCUCCCUCAUCUUACUCCCAUCAGAAACAUUCAUACAUGAGUGCCCAGGAGAGGAUGGACUCGCCUCGUCUGGGUGGGGCAAGAGAGGCUAUCAAAGUUAAUGGCCAGAUGGAUUGCCACCCAAGUGCCAAGGGUGUCACAGCCAGUCCCAAUCGCCAUGGUAACGUCAAAAAGGUGACUGGGGUGGGAGGCACCACCUAUGAGAUUUCAGUGUGA